AUGGCGGAAAUUCCGAAGACCAUGAAAGGCGUUGUUAUCGAGAAAACCGGCGGUACGGAGGUACUGGAAUACAAGACCGACCUUACGGUUCCUACUCCUCAAGAAGGCCAGGUUCUUAUCAAGAACAGCUUUGCUGGUGUUAAUUUUAUUGAUACAUACUUUCGUACCGGAUUUUACCCUCUUCCUUUGCCCGGCAUAAUGGGCAUGGAAGGGGAGGGUACAAUUGUUGCUCUCGGUAGUGGAAACACAUAUGAUCUCAAGGUUGGAGAUCGCGUGCUAUGGUUUGGUGCUAUGGGUGGUUAUGGAGAGUUUGCUGCCGUACCAUCUUUGAGAGUACACGUCCUUCCAAAAGAGAUCCCAGAGGGUUUCGGCGCCGCUGCAGCUGUGCAAGGUCUGACUGCCUUGACCUUAAUCAAAGAGGCGUAUCCAGUAAAGAAAGAUGAAUGGGUGCUUGUCCAUGCUGCCGCCGGAGGAUGCGGUUUGUGGUUGUGCCAAUUCCUGAGGGAGGUCGGUGCCAAGAUCAUCGGCACUGCGAGCACACCGGAGAAGUUGGAACUGGCCAAGAAGAACGGGGCACAAUAUUUAAUAAAUUAUGCUGAAGAAGACGUUGUUGCCCAGGUCAAGGCUAUAACUGGUGGGGAGGGUGUUGCCGUAGUGUUUGACGGAACUGGAAAGGAUCAGUUUGAGAAUGACCUUGAGGUUGUUGUGAGAAAAGGAACUGUUGUCAGCUUCGGAAACUCGUCCGGAGGUGUUCCACCUGUCCCAAUUUUCAAGCUGAUGGCUAAGAACGUGAAAUUGCUGAGGCCGACUCUUCAAAACUAUGUGUUCACACGAGACGAAGUCGACCACUACGUUGGCCAACUUUUAGACUUCAUCGCUUCAGGAAAAGGCAAGGUUCAUAUUCACAAGAUCUACCCCCUGGAAGAUAUUGCUACAGUACAUACAGACGUGGUUUCGCGCGGCACGACCGGUAAAUUGCUCCUCAAGCACUAG